GAGUAAGUUGGCCUAGAUUGGAUGGAAGUCUAGAUGGGAAGUGGCCCCGUGGCACCCCCCAACCACAAUCUCUGCCACCGGAAGCAAUGACGGGGACAGUGGUUGUGGGUUGAGGGUGACGGAGAGAGAGUAUAAUUUUCAAGCCCUUUUUAAACCGAAACAAAAACGUGGGAUUUCUCCGCUCGGGCCUUUGAAAAUUGAAAAUCCGCCAUGGAAAUUCAGGUGAGAAUCUUCAAUCGCCAGCUCCUCAAUACACCGAGAAAUUUUCUGCAGUCCCCUCUCAUUCCUUAUCGAUCGUUGAGCCCUCAACACCAUCGCCCAAUCCACUUCAUUUCAACAGCUUCCCUUCCUCUUUCUCGCAUUCACUCUUCCUUUUCACCCUUUUCUCGUACACCCAUCACUCCAAAUCCAAACCCCAGGAGUUUCGUUCUCUCUCUUUCAUCUCCGCACCUCUUGAACCCAUUGAUUCCAAGUAAUUAUUCCAAUUUCAGUUUCAAAUUUCAUCCAAACGACGGUGUUUUCGCUUGGCACCGAGCUCCGGAGAGUGGCAUCAUCGGUGCUUUGGGUGCCAAAGACCCAGUUGUGACUGUGGUGUUGUUGGGUUGGCUUGGAGCGAAGCAGAAACAUCUAAAGAAGUACGUUGAGUGGUACAAUUCAAGAGGGAUUAACGCUAUUACAUUCGUUGUUGGAGUGGGAGAGUUGUUUGGGUUUGAUUUCGGGGAGAGAGUUGAGAAGCGGAUAGCUGCUUUGGUAAACGAGCUCAUUUCGUGGGUUUCAGAGAGACAGGAAGAUGGUAGAGAACAGUGUUUGUUUUUUCACACUUUUAGCAACACCGGUUGGUUUGUGUAUGGUUACAUUCUUGACAUGCUGCAAGGAAGAGAGGACCUUAAGGAGAAGAUCAAAGGAUGUGUUGUUGAUUCAGGAGGAGGCGACCCCUUUAAUCCUAAGGUCUGGGCUGCUGGAUUUUCUGCUGCGUUGUUGAAGAAACACAGCUCUGGAGCACAGCCUUUGGUUGAGGCCAAAGAAAUAAGUGAAUUAGAAAGUCAAGACUGUGAGUCCGAGAUUCAGGAAAAGGAACCACCAUUAGUUGAAGCCAUGGUUCUAUCAGUAUUGGAGAAGCUAUUCUCUGUAGUGCUGAAGUUGCCUGAUGUGGAUCAAAAGUUGAAGAAGAUUGUCUCCGACCUCUCAAAGGACCAACCCUCUUGUCCUCAGCUUUACCUAUACAGCACAGCCGAUAAGGUUGUUCCAUAUCAAUCAGUAGAGUCACUGAUCGAGGACCAAAGGAAGAUGGGGAGAAAAGUACUAUCCUAUAAUUUUGGGUCAUCCCCUCAUGUGGAUCACUACCGAACUUUCCCAGACAUAUAUCUAUCAGUGCUUCAUAAUUUCUUGACAGAGUGUUUUGCAGUAGUUAAGCAGAUGACUUCUGCAAAUUAAUCUUAGAUGCAUCUUGCAUUAAAACGUCAUUUCGGCCUCAUAAUUGCCUCUAGGGCAUGUUCUAUCCAUUGCUGAUACCAUAGAUGUCUGUUUUAUCAUGUGGCUAUAGAGUAAUGGACUUCAAUGUCUAUUUUAUUUUCCUAAAGGUUCUGAACAUCAAUUGCUUGGGAAAUCUUAAGGGAUGGAUCAGUCAGUUGGGUAGGCCCAUAGAGCUCUGUUUUUUUUUUACCAUUUGUUAUACUAGCACUGCUGCAAUAAACUAGAUUUGACGGAAAUUUUUGAGCAACGAAUGAUAAUUUUUACCUUUGUGAAA